GCCUUCUUCAGAAUGAUACAGAUCUUGGACCCGAGACCCUUGCCAAGCUCCAUUAUGCCUGUGGACAUGGCCAUGAGAAUUUGCUUAGCCCAUUCUCCACCGCUGAAGAGUUUUCUCGGCCCCCUUGAGGACUGUAAAAGAAAUAAUUUUGUGAACAGAUUCAAACCUCUCAGACCAUGUCUUCACGUGAAACGUGACUCUGAAGCUCAGAAGAGUGACUGGAACUCAGCAGCCCGAGCCAAGAAGCGAGUUGUGUUUGCAGACUCAAAAGGGCUGUCCCUGACAGCAAUACACAUCUUCUCUGAGUCCCAGGAGCAGGCUGGGUGGGAUCUUCAGUUUGACCUCUUAGGCCUUGAAAACAUAACAUCUGGCUUAAAGUUACAUGAGGAGAAAAAUUUGAUUCUGGGUUUCCCUCGGCCCUCAGCUGACUACCUGGAUUUCAGGAACCGCCUGCAGAAGAACCUGGUUAGCCUGGAGAACUGCACCCUGCAAGAGAAGGUGCUGUCAGGCACUGUGAAAGUAAAAAAUGUGAGCUUUGAAAAAAAGGUUCAGGUUCGAAUUACCUUUGAUACAUGGAAGACCUACACAGAUGUUGAGUGUGCAUACAUGAACAACAUCUACAAUGAUUUUGAAAAUGAUACCUUCUCGUUUACCAUUGACUUGCCUCCUGCCAUUCCCUCUGAAGAGAAGAUAGAGUUUUGCAUUUCUUACCAAAGUGGAGAACAUACCUUCUGGGAUAAUAACGAAGGUCAAAAUUACAAGAUCCUCCAUGCAGAGUGGAAGCCUGAUGGUGUUCAGAUACCAUCUGCCGAGAAAGACUGUGUAGAUCUUCAGACUUCAAGGAGAGGACAAGAGAGAGAGCCUGAUCAACUAGGCAGUCCGAGGCUGUCCAGUGGUUUCUUUCCACAGUGGCAGAGCUUGGGUUGUAUUGAAAAUUGCUCACCAUAUUGGUGA